ACGUUUUCUAUUUUAUCAAAAUCGGUGCGUGCGUGAGCGUGUCUCCCCAUAUCGAAUCCAUGGAAACUCAGAAGAACGACGACCGGGCGGUAGCGGUUCCAGACCUCGAGCUCUGCGGUUUCCUCUGUGCGGUUCUCACAGUCACCUCUUCUUCCCACGAAACUCCGCCUCUCGGCACGCACUUCCACAUCUUCCGCGAGAACUCCUCCGUCGGGUUCAGGUCCCCCGCCGGCGACGUCGUGUUGUCGCCGGUGAUUUCGCCGCAGAGAUGCGAGGAGACUGGUCCGAGCAGCGAAAAGGAAAACGCGUUCGGUUCCGCAAAAGAAAAUCGGAAGCGGCCGAAGAGGAGAAAAAGCAACAGCGGCGGCUGUUCGAAGAAGAAGACGAGGAAGAGGAGCAUUGGAAUGGUGAAUGGGAGUAUGAGCGUGGUGGAACUGCUUCACGCUCUGGUGACGCACAAGUGCUUGCAAAUCACGGCGCGUCUUGUGAGGACUGAGGCUGGGGUCGGCGGAGAGGUUAGGGCGGUUUUGCUCGUAGAUGUGUAUCUCCCGAUCGCGCUCUGGUCCGAAUGGCAGUUUCCGAAGUACGGAUCCGUCGCCGGUGCUCUGUUCCGACACUUGAGUUGUGAUUGGGGACAUAGAAGUUCAAUGAUGGCCGGCGGAGAUUACAUUAAAGAUGCUCUAGGAGCUAGUAGGAGCAUGUGGGAUCUCUCAGAUUGCCAUGUUCUUGCAUGUAAGCUGCAUUAUAGAAUCACCGACUCUUCAAAGAAACGACUGUUUGAGCUUCAUGAAAUUUUUAAGAGUUUACCUAGUGUUGCAAAGAUGGGAUAUAAUGAUACUUUUAGAAUACAACCUGUAGACGACUCUUGUAGAUCUGGUAUAUGGGAACUAUCUGAUGAUAUUCUCAUUAAUAUACUAGCUCCUCUUGGUCCAGUAGAGCUAGUUAAGGUUGCUGCAACCUGUCGCCAUCUUAGAUUCUUGGCAGCAUUGAUCAUGCCAUGUAUGAAGCUUAAAUUGUUUCCUCACCAGCAGGCAGCAGUACAGUGGAUGUUACAUCGUGAGCAGCGUGCUGAAGCCUUGCCACAUCCCUUGUACACAGCUUUUGUGACUGAAGAUGGAUUAUCGUUUUACAUAAGCACUAUUUCAGGCGAAAUAAUCUAUGGUGAAACUCCCACCAUCAAUGAUUUCCGCGGGGGAAUGUUCUGUGAUGAACCUGGCUUAGGCAAGACAAUUACUGCUCUUUCUCUCAUUCUUAAGACACAAGGAAAGGUGGCAGAUCCACCAGAUGGUGUAGAAAUCAUAUGGUGUACUCAUAAUGGUAAUCAGAGGUGCGGCUAUUAUGAGCUUGGUGGUGAUUAUGUUGCUGUUAGUAAUUUGACUCUAAGAAAGAGGGUUGUGGAUCAGAAAGCACAAACAAGUCCGGAGCAACUUGGUUGCUACUCAUCUAAAAGAGCCAGACUAAUUUUUCUAAAUGAGCAAGCUACAGGACUUAAUAAUCAAGUAGAGAAACCAAUAGCUACAUGCUCCAAGACAGCAAUGUCUGUGUUUCCAUGCACUAGAAACUUGAGUCGCAUAAAGAAAAAUCUUGUUUUCAAAUUUGAAGGGGAGUCUGGUUUUUCCACAGAAAUGAAGGUGGGAAAGAAUUCUAGCAGAGUGAAGCAUGCUUCAUAUGGUUUAGGACACGUCUCUUGUGAGAAUCAAGCUGAUAUAUCACGUGAACAUUCAAAAAAUUCUAAGAGUUGUGGAAAAGUUAUGACAGGUCACUACGAAUAUAGUGAUACUUGGGUUCAAUGUGAUGCUUGUCACAAGUGGAGGAAACUUCAGGAAAGUUGGAUAUCUGGUGUCACUGCAGCUUGGUUUUGUAGCAUGAAUACUGAUCCUCAAUGUCAAAGUUGUAGUGUUCCGGAGGAGAGUUGGAACGACAGCGGGCCAAUAACGUAUUUACGAGGAUUCUACAGCAAAGGGAAAUCUGGAGGAGAGGAACAAAACAUUUCUUUCUUCGCCAGUGUGCUCAAGGAGCAUCAUUCCUUGAUAAAUUCUGCAACAAAGAAAGCCUUGAGUUGGUUAAUUAAACUCUCUUCGGACAAGCUCUCAGAAAUGGAAACAAUUGGCCUUCGAGGUCCUCUUAUUAGCACUUGCAUAGAUCCUGGUGACGAUCCACUUGGGUUCCAUAGAAUAUUUCAAUCGUUUGGUCUUAGAAAAGGAGUGGAAAAGGGUAUUGUUAGGUGGUAUUACCCAAAAAAACUUCACAACUUGGUCUUUGAUGUGGCUGCUCUUAGAAUUGCUCUUUGUGAGCCAUUAGAUUCAAUUAGAUUGUAUCUAUCAAAAGCAACCCUUGUAGUUGUUCCUGCAACUCUAGUCGAUCAUUGGAAAACCCAAAUCCAGAAGCAUGUGAGCUCUGGUCAGUUGCGGGUUUAUAUCUGGACAGAUCAUAGAAAGCCCUCUGCACACAGUCUGGCCUGGGACUAUGAUGUUGUCAUAACUACUUUCAGCCGCCUAAGCGCAGAAUGGAGUUCCCGUAAGAAAAGUGCGCUGAUGCAAGUUCAUUGGCUUAGGGUCAUGUUAGAUGAGGGGCACACCCUUGGAUCAAGUGUAGGCUUAACCAACAAACUGCAAAUGGCUGUUUCGUUAAUGGCUUCUAACCGUUGGAUAUUAACAGGAACACCAACUCCCAAUACGCCUAAUAGUCAACUAUCACACCUUCAGCCAUUGCUUAAAUUUCUACACGAGGAAGCGUAUGGGCUGAAUCAAAAGUCUUGGGAAGCUGGGAUUCUUAGGCCUUUUGAGGCAGAGAUGGAAGAAGGACGAUCUCGUCUGUUGCAUUUACUUCACAGGUGCAUGAUUAGUGCAAGGAAGAUAGAUUUGAAGAAUAUUCCACCUUGCAUUAAGAAAGUUACCCUACUCGACUUUACUGACGAACAUGCAAGGAGUUACAAUGAAUUAGCAGUUACAGUGCGGCGCAAUAUUCUAAUGGCUGACUGGAAUGACCAUUCUCAUGUUGAAAGUCUCUUAAAUCCAAAGCAAUGGAAGUUCCGAAGUACAACUAUAAAAAAUAUUAGGCUAUCUUGCUGUGUGGCUGGGCAUAUAAAAGUAACAGAUGCUGGUCAAGAUAUUCAGGAAACUAUGGAUGCUUUGGUUGAAAACGGAUUGGAUCCAACUUCUGAGGAGUAUGCUUUUAUCAAGUAUAACCUCCUAGAUGGUGGCAACUGUGUCAGGUGUGGGGAAUGGUGCCGUUUACCUGUCAUUACACCAUGUAGGCAUCUAUUGUGCCUCGAUUGUGUUGCUUUGGACAGUGAAAGAUGCACUUAUCCUGGUUGUGGCAAUUUAUAUGAGAUGCAAACUCCGGAUACCCUGGCUCGACCGGAAAAUCCAAACCCCAAGUGGCCUGUCCCUAAAGAUCUUAUUGAGUUACAGCCAUCAUAUAAACAGGAUAACUGGGAUCCGGAUUGGCAAUCAACAUCUAGCAGUAAAGUUGCUUAUCUUAUUCAUAGUUUGAAAGAAUUGCAAGAUGCUAACAAUGAGGUCCAACCACCUAAGGAUGAUGGCACUGAUGUCAAGAACAUUCAGGGAUUACUAUGUCAAUCUUGGACGAGAAACUCUAACAUAAAUACACAUAAAGAUAAAUUUCUUGUAUUUUCCCAGUUUCUGGAGCAUAUACACGUUAUUGAGCAACAGCUUACCAUUGCUGGUAUCAAAUUUGCUGGUAUGUAUAGUCCGAUGCAUUCUAGCAACAAGAUGAAGUCACUGACCACGUUCCAGAAUGAUGAAACUUGCAUGGUGCUUUUGAUGGAUGGAAGUGCUGCAUUGGGUCUCGAUUUGAGCUUUGUAUCUCAUGUUUUCCUGAUGGAACCAAUAUGGGACAAAAGCAUGGAGGAACAGGUUAUUAGUCGUGCUCAUCGGAUGGGUGCUACACGCCCUAUUUAUGUGGAAACUUUAGCAAUGCGUUCUACUAUUGAAGAGCAAAUGGUUGCGUUCUUACAGGAUGCUACUGAGCGUAGAAGACUUUUGAAGAAAGAGUUUGGAAAGACCAACUCUGAAGGGGCACGAACUCACCGUUCAUUACAUGAUUUUGCUGUGAAUAAUUAUCUCUCUCAACUUCGGUUUGUGCGGACAAAUCCAACUAUCUAAACAAAGGAAUGGUGAUUUCUCCUGCAACUGCUGCGACUAGGCUGAUCUGGUGGGGUCUUGGGGAUUGAACUGUUCCGAAUCACAGGACAUAACUUGACAUUGGAUUAUUUUAUACAACUGAUCUCCUACAUACGUUAUUCAAAUCGUGGUAUUUAUAUAUAUAUUUUGUGGCUUGCAUUUGGAGCAUCUCAAAAAAGUUUUGAUUUGAGAUUCGUGUCAAUUUGUUCCAUUUGCAAGUGUAGAGCUGAUGGUGGGUAAAAAAUUUAUAGCUUUUUUGGUUCUUGGGUAGGGAGGUAGCAAUUUGCCACAUUCAUAUUUGUCAAUUCAUGAAACUGAAAUUUGAAUGCACUACUAUUUGAAAUUGAUCAUACAUUCAUG